AUGAGCCGCCCGCAGCCACACCAACGUGCUGAAACCGCUGAAUACCUCCAAGGUUCGCAGCAGGAGAGAACCAUCCAGCCAGAAGAGACCGAUCAAGCCCACUCCGGUCAUGGAAGCGCCCAAAAUGACAACCCACGACCUGGACAGCCUCGCUCGACUGGGCAAAUCCAUUUUGUCGAGGUCAUGGAUGAAGAUUCUGUACUUUUGGAUCGCCUAAAUCUCGCGAUGGCUAUUCGAUUAGCCUGGGGAGACUUCGAGCUUGACGGAGACUCCGAGUCUGAUAUUUCGGCGGUGAUAGAGCUGCAGGCACGUUUAUUUCAGGACGCCAAUCGACGUCUGAUCCAGCGCCUAGAGCAGGGAAGCGUUGUGAUUGGAGAUAGUCCUCACCCCAAUACUGUCAAUGUCAAUGCCACCGUUGUCGCGCAAGUUGAACAAAAUCCAUCGGUGACCCGCGCGGCUCGUGGGCCAUUUGGUAUUGUGCGAGAGACAUCCCCCGAGGACGUGGCUAUUACGAACCUUCCAUUCAGACCGCGAGAUGAGAAGGUGAUGAAGGAUGUGUCUGGAAACCUGGUUCUCAAACGGCCAGGACGACCAUGA